AUGAAGCAGACGAUCGCAGCGCCCCCCCUCACCCUGAAGGGCAAGGUGUACGCCGUCACCGGCGGCGCCAGCGGCAUCGGCCUCGCCACGGCGCAGAACCUGCUGCGGAAAGGGGCGACGGUGUGCAUCGCCGACGUCGACCCUGCCGCCAUGGAAGCCGCGCGGGCGCGCCUCGGAGGCCCGGACGACGCGCCCCCCGUCACGGUGACGCACGUGGACGUCUCGCAGCGGCGCCAGGUGGACGCGUGGAUCGCGUCCAUUGUCGCCCAGCACGGCCGGCUGGACGGCGCGGCCAACGUCGCCGGCGUCAUCGGCAAGGGCCACGGCAUCGCCGCCGUCGCGGACCUCGACGACGACGAGUGGGACCGCAUCAUCGCCGUCAACCUCACCGGCACCAUGUACUGCCUGCGCGCGCAGCUGCGGCACAUUGCCGACGGGGGCUCCAUUGUCAACGUGUCGUCGGUGCACGGGCUCAAAGGCUUCGCCAAGCACGCCGCCUACGACGCCAGCAAGCACGGCGUGGUGGGCCUGACCAAGGCGGCGGCGCUGGAAAACGGCGACCGCGAGGUGCGCGUCAACGCCGUGGCCCCCGGGUCCAUCUACACGCCGCUCAUGCAGAAGAACUGGGACUGCCGGCAGCGGCCCAAGGACGCGCCGUUUGACGACCCGACGGCGUUCCGGAGGCAGGGCACCGCGGACGAGACGGCCAACGUGAUUGCGUUUCUGCUGGGGCCCGAGAGCUCGUUUGUCAGCGGGAGCGUGUACUCUGUCGACGGGGCGUGGAUGUGA